CACCGAACGAGUUGGGCGUGCGUCGGUAUUGGUGCUCGCUGCUUUUUCUAAUUUGUUUAAAUAAAAACUUAAAUACACAGCGCAGCGAGACAGGUGCGCUCAGUGGUUCGCCGGCUGCUCAAAGAGAGAGUUGUCAUUGCGGAGAAGAAAAAACCCGAAACGUCCAAAUCAAUCGAAAUCGUAGCGCGUGCGUUAAGUCGCUGGGCAGAGCAUAUUACAACAAAAAAAAGCAACAACAACAAAAAGUAAAUGUACAUCAGUUAAAGAAAAAGCAUUUAGCCAAUAUAUUAAACAUAUAUUAACUGUGCGUUAUUUGUCGAAUAAAUUAGAGAGUGUUCGUCGUCGUCGUGUCGCAUUAUCAGACGCCCCAGCAACAAAAGGUUUUUAAGGCUCAUCCCUACGCUACGCUUAGAAAAUAAAUAAACAGGCUGCACAAUGAUCAACAUGGACAUCAGUGUGACGCCCAACUAUUCGUAUAUCUUUGAUUUCGAAAAUGAUUUCAUACAUCAGCGCACACGCAAAUGGAUGCUGGAGAAUUGGACUUGGGUCUUUUACUAUUGCGGCAUUUACAUGCUUGUCAUAUUCGGUGGUCAGCAUUUUAUGCAAAAUCGGCCGAGAUUUCAACUGCGAGGUCCGCUGAUCAUCUGGAACACACUGUUGGCGAUGUUCAGCAUAAUGGGAGCCGCUCGCACGGCGCCCGAGCUGUUGCACGUGCUGCGUCACUAUGGACUUUUCCACUCUGUCUGUGUGCCCAGCUAUAUUGAACAAGAUCGCGUGUGCGGUUUCUGGACCUGGCUCUUUGUGCUCAGCAAAUUGCCGGAAUUGGGCGAUACGAUAUUCAUCGUGUUGCGCAAACAGCCGCUGAUCUUCCUGCAUUGGUAUCAUCACAUCACAGUGCUGAUCUAUUCGUGGUUCAGCUACACAGAAUACACCAGCUCGGCCCGUUGGUUCAUCGUGAUGAACUAUUGCGUACAUUCGGUGAUGUACAGCUAUUAUGCAUUGAAGGCGGCACGCUUCAAUCCACCGCGAUUCAUUUCGAUGAUCAUCACGUCACUGCAGCUGACGCAAAUGAUAAUUGGCUGUGCGAUCAAUGUGUGGGCCAACGGAUUCCUCAAGACACACGGCACACAAUCGUGCAACAUAUCGCAGCGCAACAUCAAUCUGUCCAUUGCGAUGUACUUCAGUUAUUUCGUGCUAUUUGCGCGCUUCUUCUACAAGGCGUACCUGUCGCCCGGUGGCCACAAAAGCCGCCGCAUGGCCGCCUCGUUGGCUGCCCAAAAUACCGCCAAGCUCUCCUCCAGCCCGCCCCCAACCACAGCUGCCGAAUCGCAUUCCAAAUAUGUUGGUGACGAUGCCCAGAAUGCGUAUCUGCGCAAGGCCAAGGCGCAGUAAACUUGCAACAAGAGAAUGAUGAUGAUGAAGAAGGACGAACAACCGCAACUAACUACUACAAUUACUUCUUCUCCUCCUCGUCGUCCUACUCCCCCCUCACACUCACUCACUCACUUCUACACUACAAGAACAACAAACUGGCAAACGCCCCUCACAUCAUUCGCCUCCUUUUACUCACCUAACACUCUACGAAAAAGGCUAAGGACAUUUAUUUAUGCAGUACCCCAGGUGUAAAAGUUGUUUUUUAAUUUUAAACGGGCUCCACACACACACACACAUACACAGAUCAGGAGCAGAGCGACGCACACGAGAAAGGAAAGGAGAGGAAGAGAGAGGGGCGUUUGAAAGAAUGAAAUUUAAUUAUAAGCAUAGAGUUUUACCAGGCGGCUGGCUUAUACCACAUACCAAUAAACCAUAUAAAUAUAUGUAUCUAGCUAGAGAUAUAUAAUUAUGUUUAUACAAUGUCAUGUAUAUAUAAUAAUGAAAAAUCGUAAUUUGUCAGCAAAAACCACGUUUUGUAAAAAAGUUAGCAGUGGAUAAUGAUCAACUUUUCGAAUGCUUGUUGUCACACUCCUCUCCCCCAACUAUAUAUUAUAUUAUAACAUAUCUAUCUUAUAUAGUUGAGGCGCUACUGGAUUAGCCCCCAAAACAAAACAAAAGAGUCAAAUAAUACAACAUAAUUUUAUUAAUUUCUGAAUUUCGUUUUGUUAAUUUGAAAACAUAUAUUUUUUGUUGGGCCAUGAAUACGUAUGUUAUAUGCCUUUACUACAUGAAGAUAUAUAUAUAUAUGUAUCUCUCUAUAGCUAUUAUUGUGUUGGAACCUAGCAAAAAGUAAAUUUUUGUAGCUGGAUUCGUAACGUAAUUCUUUAAGUCUUGAGAUGAUGUAUUUAAAUAACCAGCAUGAUAAAAGCAAAAAACAGCAAGAAAGCCGAAAAAACAAAAAACGAAUAUGCUAUAAGUUUAGUACUUUCCAAAACUUCUUGUUGUUCAACAUGAUUCAAGCGCAAAUUGUUAUAUGUAAAGUAAUCAAUUGUAUACAAUAUUUAAUUUAAAUAACCCACGUAGCCAGAAGAGAGAUGGAAAAGAUGUCAAAGAAUAAGAAGGUGCAGGGGCAUGCAUUUAGUUUCCUUUUGUUUCGAAAACUUUUCUUCGAAAUCGAAAGUUUCUACACCGCAAGCAAGCAGGAAAGAAGCAAAGAUUAGGUCCUUGAAACAAAUACAAAAAAAAAACAACAACAAAAAUAAAAGAAAAACAAAAUAAA